CUCCUGGUCACAGCUGAGACAGCACCACCUAGCUUCCUUCAGAGACUUCAGAGCUCCACAGUGAGACAGGGCAGCCAGGUGAGGCUGGACGUCCGAGUCACAGGUAUCCCAACACCUGUGGUGAAGUUCUACAGAGAGGGAGCAGAGAUCCAGAGCUCUGCCGACUUCAGGAUCCUCCAGGAGGGAGACCUGUACAGUCUGCUGAUAGCUGAGGCCUUCCCAGAGGAUUCUGGGACGUAUUCUGUGACCGCCACUAACAGCAGCGGACGAGCCACAUCCACCGCUGAACUGCUGGUUCAAGGUGAAGAAGCUGUUCCAGCAAAGAAAACCAAGACAGUGAUUUCAACCUCUCAGAUUUCACAAACUCGGCAAACCCGAGUGGAGAAGAGGAUGGAGGCCAGUUUCCAGGCCACCACCAUGAUGGAGAUGCAGGUAGGGGGCGCCGAGGUGACACAACAGCUGGCUCACAAGACCCCGCCCAGAGUCCCUCCCAAACCCACAUCUAAGUCCCCGACCCAGCCCUCGCUGGUCGCCAAGGUGACAGGAGGACGCCAGCAAUCCCCGUCACCCGUCAGACAUGUUAAGGCGCCCACGCCAACACCUGUCAGGCCUGCUUCUCCCACUUCAAGACUCUCAGUCUCCCCCAUCAGGCCAGUCAAGUCCCCCAUCACCACCCGAAGACAGGGGGCCGCCGGCACCGACGUCUUGCCACCAUGGAAGCAGGGAGACUACGCUGAGGCCAGCUUAACCAGCAUGACCAGUAUGACCACCGUCACCCAGCUCGGUCAGGAGCAGCGCUGGGAGCAGGUCGUUGGGGUCAAAGAGGCCGUGGAAGGGCAACGAGCCGGAGCGGUGGCCACAGUGAUGGCCGCCGUCGACCUGGCUCGUGUCCGUCAGCCCAUUCAAGUGGAGGGUGGUGGAGCUGAAGAGGCAGAGUUAAGGCAACAGGUCGCUGCUGACCAACAGGUCGCUGCUGACCAACAGUUUGGAGGCGGCUGGACAACAAAAGAACAGAUGCUAACUGCUCAGUUUACACCUGAACCGGCCCUGCCGCUGCCUCAGGUUAGAUGGCUGCUCCAGAUUCAGAAAGCGACAGAAAUCCACGUGGACACUGGUCUGGUCUCGUCUCCAGUUCCACAUUUCACGGUUUCUAAAGUUUCUGUCCCAAAACCUGAGUCUAGCUCUGAGGUUUCCAUCGCCGGGUCUGCUAUCGCUACUCUGCAGAAAGAGUUAUCUUCAUCCUCUGCCGCCGCUCGAAAGAUCAUCAAGCCCGUCAAGUCUCCCAGUCCAUCUCGGAGAGUGGACGAGACCAGAGGGACGCCAGAGCCCACACCUCCGCCGUUCAAAGAUUUCCCCGACACAUAUCAGAGUCAUUAUGGCGCCAAGACACAGAGGGGGGUGGUGUGUUCGGGGGGUAUGGAGAGAAUGUAUGAGGACUGGGGAACCCAGGUGGUGGAGGCAGCAGCCGUACCUUCUGCAGGUGGUGCCGUGGUUCCACCCACACUGGUGUCUGGCUUGAAAAACACAAAUGUGACGGAGGGUGAGUCCAUGACCCUGGAGUGUCAGAUCAGUGGGCAACCUGCACCAGUUAUCAUGUGGUUCAGAGAGGACUACAAGAUUGAGAGCUCCAUCGAUUUCCAGAUCAGCUAUGAAAAUGGAUCUGCUCGGCUGGUGAUCCGUGAAGCAUUUGCUGAAGACAGCGGCCGCUUUACUUGCACCGCCACUAAUGAGGCGGGAACAGUCAGCACCUCCUGCUACCUGCUUGUCCAAGUGUCCGAGGACAUCGAGAGCAGGGAGGAGAUGGCUGUCAUCACCGAACAUGUUGAAACUGCUCAAGAGACACUUGUAACCGAAGAAGCCAAAGAGGAAACCAUGUCUCAGGUGAGCGUGGCAGAAACAGAUAGUGCUGCCGCUGCUCCCUUUUUCAUCAAGAAACCCAGCGUUCAGAAGCUGGUGGAGGGAGGAGGUAUCAUAUUUGAAUGUCAAGUGGGCGGAAGCCCCAAGCCACACAUCAUCUGGAAGAAGAGCGGCGUACCGCUCACUACCGGAUACAGAUACAAAGUCACCUACAAGAAGGAGACGGGAGAGUGCAGGUUAGAGAUCUCCAUGACUUUCGCAGAUGAUGCCGGAGAAUAUUCUGUGUUUGCCAAGAAUCAGCUCGGAGAAGUCUCAGCCUCUGUCGGCCUGCUGGAGGAAGAGGAAUACGAAGCCUACAUGAAGAAACAGGAAGAAACCUUCAAGACUGAAGUGACCACAGUGGUGCAGGAGCCCAGAGUGGGAGACAUUCCCCCCGUCGUUGUUACGACAAUGGAGCAGAUGACCACCACCAUUAUCUCAGGACAGGAAUUUCACCUUUCUGCCAUCGAGCAGAGGAUAAUCGAGGAGAUCGAGCUCCACAUCAUGAAGAUCACCUACAGAGAGAUUGUGACAGAGGAUGGAGAGUUGAUGGUAACCGCCACCCCAACAGAUGCCCUGCAGCCGGCCUUUGACACUCCAGUCAAAAACUACAGGAUCAUGGAGGGAAUGGGCGUCACUUUCCACUGCAAAACGGCUGGAACACCACUCCCUAAGAUCGUUUGGUACAAAGACGGCCAGCGCAUCAGGCCUGGUGGCCGUUAUCAGAUGGAGGUUCUUCAGGAUGGGAGAGCCAGCCUGCGCCUGCCGGUGGUGCUGCCUGAGGAUGAGGGCGUGUACACCGCCUUCGCCACCAACAUGAAGGGAAAUGCCAUCAGCUCUGGGAAACUCUAUGUGGAGCCGUCCGGAGCUGUAACACCUCAGAGAUACACACCACAGCCAGCAAUGCAGAGGAUCAGAUCCACCUCUCCUCGUUCUCUGAGCCGCUCACCUGGUCGCUCUCCCAGCCGUUCUCCCGCCCGCCGUCUCGAUGAGACAGAUGAGGCUCAACUGGAAAGACUCUACAAACCUGUGUUUGUUAUGAAACCGUCCUCGUGUAAAUGCUCUGAGGGGCAAACUGCCAGAUUUGACUUGAAGGUUGUUGGCAGACCCAUGCCCGACACCUACUGGUUCCACAAUGGACAACAAGUGGUUAGUGACUACACCCACAAGAUCGUGGUUAAGGAGGAUGGUACUCAGUCCCUGAUCAUUGUCCCUGCCAUGCCACAAGAUUCUGGAGAAUGGACAGUCAUCGCUCAGAAUAGAGCUGGACGCUCGUCCCUCUCCGUCACUCUCACUGUCGAUGCUAAAGAAACGUUGGUGCGACCUCAGUUCACUGACAAGUUGAAGAACAUCAGUGUCAAACAGGGCACUCUGGUUGAACUGGCCGUUAAAGCCAUGGGAAACCCUCUGCCUGAUAUUGUCUGGCUGAAAAACAGUGACAUCAUCUCACCACACAAGCACCCACACAUCAGGAUUGAAGGAACCAGAGGAGAGGCCAAAUUCCAGAUCCCAUCUGCUUCAGGCACAGACAGCGCCUGGUACACAGCUACUGCCAUCAACAAGGCUGGUAGAGACACCACUCGCUGCAGAGUCAAUGUGGAGGUGGACUAUGCUGAACCUGAACCAGAGAGAAAACUUAUUAUUCCCAAAGGAACAUACAAGGCCAAAGAAAUCGCUCCUCCAGAGUUGGAGCCCCUUCAUCUGCGAUAUGGCCAAGAGCAGUGGGAGGAGGGCGACCUUUACGACAAAGAGAAGCAGCAGAAACCACUGUUCAAGAAAAAGCUGACCUCUAUCAGAAUGAAGCGUUUCGGCCCUGCUCAUUUUGAGUGCAGACUGACUCCUAUUGGUGACCCCACCAUGCUAGUGGAGUGGCUGCACGAUGGCAAACCCCUGGCUGCUGCUAACAGGUUGCGCAUGGUCAAUGAAUUUGGCUACUGCAGCCUUGACUACGAAGUUGCUUAUGCUAGAGACAGCGGUGUCAUCACUUGCAGAGCCACAAACAAGUUCGGAGUCGACCAGACCUCGGCCACCCUGAUCGUCAAGGAUGAGAAGGGUCUCGUUGAGGAAAGUCAGCUUCCUGAAGGCAGGAAGGGAGCUUACAGAAUGGAUGAGAUGGAGCGCCAAGCUCAUGAGGGAGGACCCUAUGGAGUCACUGCUGAUGAAGAAACUGAGAAAAUGAAACCUGAGAUUGUCCUUCUCCCUGAACCAGCCAGAGUGCUUGAAGGCGACACAGCCAGAUUCCGUUGCAGGGUGACCGGUUAUCCAGCACCUAAAGUUAACUGGUACCUUAACGGACAACUUAUCCGCAAAAGCAAAAGAUACAGACUUCGUUAUGAUGGUAUUUACUAUUUGGAGGUCACUGAAAUCAAGUCCUAUGACUCAGGAGAGGUCAAAGUGGUGGCAGACAACAACCUGGGCUCAGCCGAGCACACUGUGAAGCUGGAGAUUCAGCAGAAAGAGGACUUCAGAACUCAUCUGCGUCGUGCUCCUGAGGUGAAGGCAGCCGAGGCUGCACCUGAAACAGGAAAAACAACAUUCGAGGUGGUGAAGGCUGAGAAACCUGCAGAGGACUCUCAGCUGAAAGAGGUGGUCAAGCUCAAGAAAGCCCAGAGAAUUGUCCAUCAGAAAGCCACAGAGGAGUCAGAAGAGCUGAGGAGUAAGUUCAAGCGCAGGACAGAGGAAGGAUAUUACGAGUCCAUUACCGCGGUGGAGCUCAAGGCACGUAAGAAGGAUGAGAGCUAUGAGGAUCUGCUGAAGAAAACAAAGGAGGAGCUGCUUCACCGCGCCAAGGAGAAGGAGGAGGCCGAGAAGAAGAAGGAGGAGGAGCGCCGCAAAGUUACAGCCAAACCUCUAAAACCAGAGAGAGUCAAGCUUUCAGUCAGUAUGGAAGCUCCUAAGAUCCUGGAACGUAUCACAAGCCAGACUGUUGCACAAGGUGAAGAAGUUAAGUUCCGAGUCAGAGUUGUGGGCAGACCAGAACCUGAGUGCCAGUGGUUCAAGAACGGUGUUCAGUUGGAGAAGUCUGAUCGCAUUUAUUGGUACUGGCCUGAGGAUCAUGUGUGUGAAUUAGUGAUCAGAAACGUCAGGGCAGAGGAUUCUGCCAGUGUCAUGGUUAAAGCUUCAAACACUGCAGGAGAGACUUCAAGCCAUGCUUUCCUGCUGGUGCAAGCAAAGCAAGUCAUCACCUUCACACAGAAACUGGAGGAAAUUAACGCAAAGGAGAAGGACACCAUGGCAACCUUUGAAUGUGAGACCAACGAGCCGUUCGUCAAGGUCAAAUGGCUGAAGAAUAAUGUAGAUAUCUUCUCCGGAGACAAGUACAGGAUGCACUCUGAUAGAAAGGUUCACUUCCUGUCUGUGCUAAUGAUCAACAUGAAGGACGAUGCAGAAUAUUCCUGUGUUGUUAUUGACGACGACGUCAAGACGACUGCAAAGCUUAACGUGGAAGGAGCUCCUCUGGAGAUCUUGAAGCAACUCGAGAGUACAGAGGUGCCAGAGACAUACUCUGGAGAGUUCGAGUGUCUUGUGUCGCGUGAAGAUGCGGAAGGAAGCUGGUUUUUCGGACAAAAGCUGUUGUCCCCUGGCAGUAAAUACUUCAUGUCCUCCCGUCGUGGAAGACACACCCUGUCUGUCAAAGACGUCAAGAAGGAGGACCAAGGAACAUAUUCCUUCAAAGUGGGCGAGUUCAAGACGAGCGCCUCACUCAAGAUGAAAUUGCGCCCAGUGACCCUGAUGCAGCCAUUGACUGACCUGACAGUGUGCGAGGGCGACAUUGCACAGAUGGAGGUCAAGUUCUCCCAAGAGAAUGUUGAAGGAACCUGGAUGAAGAACGGGCAGCCUGUCACAGCCUCAAACCGAGUCCACAUUGUUAUUGACAGACAGACCCACAAACUGUUGUUUGAAGACACCAACAAAAGCGACUUUGGAACAUAUUCCUUCGUCGUUCCCGCUCAGGAGAUCUCAACCUCCGCAAAGCUGAUCAUUCAGACUAUCGGAGUGCUGAUCCCACUGAAGGACACAAAUGCCAUUGAGGGCACCAAAGCCGUUCUGGAGGCCAAGAUCUCCGCUCAGGACAUCAGCUCAGUCAAAUGGUUCCACAACGACAAACUGCUGACACCCAGUAACCGAAUCCAGAUGGUGGCGAAAGGAGCCAAGCAGCGUCUGGUCAUCAACAGGGUGUACGCUUCUGAUGAAGGACACUACAAACUGGUGGUUGGCCGAGCUGAUACCAGCUGCAAAUUUACUGUUCAGACUGUCCAGAUUGUGACCCUGAUGAAAAAUAAGGAAUGUUCCGAGUCUGAGAACGUCACCUUCGAGGUUGAGGUAUCUCACCUGGGUAUAGAUGCCUUCUGGACCUUCAAGAGGCAGCCACUCAAAGCUGGCUCCAAGUACAAGAUGGAAUCCAAAAACAAGCGCCACACCCUGACUGUCAUGAAUGCCAUGAAGGACGAGGAGGGCGAGUACAUGUUUGCCGCCGGUGAGAAGAUGUGCAGUGCCUCUCUCACUGUGACAGGUGGCGCUAUCAAGAAGCCUCUACGUGAUCUGGUGGUGGCUGACUCCCAGACUGCCGUACUGGAGUGUGAGGUCGCCAACCCAUCUGCCGAGGGCAAGUGGCUGAAAGACGGUCAGCCCAUCGACUUCAACGGGAGCGUUGUGAGCGAGGUGAAUGGUACUGUCCGACGCCUCGUGAUCAUCAUCACCAAAGCCACCGACAUCGGAGAGUACACCUAUCAGGUUGCCACCUCCAAGACCUCCGCCACCCUGAAAGUUGAGACUGUGAAGGUAAAGAAGACCCUAAAGAACCAGAACGUGGUCGAGACUCAAGACGCUGUUUUCAUCCUGGAGCUCACCCACGAAGAUGUGAGGGGAGCACAGUGGAUCAAGAACGGUGUCGAGAUCCAGCCCAGCAACAAAUAUGAGAUCAGUAUCGAAGGCACCAUCCACACCCUGAAGAUCAAGAACUGCACCACACACGAUGAGUCUGUUUACUCCUUCAAACUGGGAAAACUGUCUGCAAAUGCCAGACUGAACGUUGAAUCGAUAAAGAUCCUGAAGAAGCCAAAGGAUGUGACUUCACUGUUGGGUGCGAGUGCUGUAUUCGAGGUCAGCAUCUCCGAGGACGACAUUCCAGUCAAAUGGAUGUUCAACAAAAUGGAGCUGAGGCCGAACGAGCACUAUAGGAUGCUCUCUGAGAAGAAGACACACAAACUGAUCGUCCAGGAUGUCAACAACAGCAAAGAGGGAGAGUACACCGCUGUGGUUGGACACAUGCAGUGCAGCGCACGACUCAUCGUCGAGUCUCUGCGAGUCACCAAAACUAUGAAGAGCGUGGAGGUGCCAGAGACUCAGGUGGCCACGUUCGAGUGUGAAGUUUCUCACUUCAACGUCCCGUCCACGUGGCUGAAGGACGGUGUGGAGAUCGAGAUGAGCGAGAAGUACAGGAUCGUGGUUCAAGGAAAACUUCACCAGCUGAAGAUCAUGAACACCAGCAGGAACGACUCCGCAGAGUACACCUUCGUCUGCGGCAACGAUCGAGUCUCCGCCACGCUCACCGUUAGCCCGAUUCUGAUCACGACGAUGCUGCAGAACGUGAACACUCAGGAGAAAGACUCCGUCACAUUUGAAGUAAACAUAAACUACGAGGAUAUUGCAUACAAAUGGAUGAAGAACGGUGUGGAGAUCCGGUCCACAGACAGAUGCCAGGCUCGUUGUCGACAGCGCACGCACACUCUUAGCAUCAGAAGCGUCCAUUUUGGAGACAGUGCUGAAUACACCUUCAUGGCAGGUUCUGCAGUGACCACAGCCAAACUUGACGUCGAGGCUCGUGUGGUUGAGUUCACCAAACAUCUGAAGGACAUAAAGAUCACAGAGAAGAAGAGGGCGACGUUUGAAUGUGAACUUUCUGAACCAAACAUCCAGGUGAUGUGGAUGAAAGAUGGUCAGGAGCUGGAGAUGUCUGACAGAUAUAAAAUGACCUCGGAUAAGUUUCUGCACCGUCUGGUUUUGCCGUCAGUCCGCCUGUCUGACGCAGGAGAGUACACCGCUGUGGCCGGAUCCAGUAUGUCCAAGGGUCACCUGGCGGUUGAGGGACGGGAUGUCAAAAUCUCAGAGCCUGCAAGCAGAAACAUCACUGUGAUUGAGAAACACAGAGCGACCUUUGAGUUCGAUGUGAAUGAGGAUGAUGUGGACGGUCGCUGGAUGAGGAACGGUGUAGAGAUCCAGUUUUCAGUGGAGGAGAGGUUCAGCUACGCCACCAUCAGGAGGCUGCACCGCCUCACCAUUUCUGAGACAUACAGGAGCGAUGCCGGCGAGUACACCUUCUUAGCCGGGAAAAACAAGAGCACCAUGAACCUUCACGUCAAACUGCCGGAGCCUCCGGAGAUCGUCCGCCACGUGAAGCCCCAGACCAUGAUGUCCGGUAGAUCGGUUCGCUUCUCGGUGCAGGUGAGCGGCCUCCCUGCGCCUCAGGUUUCCUGGUACAAGGACUCUCAGGCUCUGUCAAUCAGCGAAAACGUCAAGUUCCUCCACGACGGAGACGAGCACACGCUGCUGCUGCUGGAAGUUUUUCCCCAGGACGCCACGGCCUACAGCUGCGAGGCCAGGAAUGACUACGGAGAGGCCACAAGCUCGGCUGUUCUCACUGUUGAAGUACCUGAGGUAGUGGAGACGGUGGCUCGGGUCUCUGCUCCGGUCCUCGUCGCCCCCCUGAGAGAAGUCCUGGUCACUGAGGGACACUCUGCCCAGUUCAAGUGCACUGUGUCUGGGGAAGAUCUGCAGAUUUCAUGGUUCUGUAACAACAGAGAGCUCAGACACUCAGACAUCUUCAAGAUGUCUCAUUAUGGCGACACCUGCCAGUUGGACAUUUCCAGAGUUCUCCAAGACCACGAAGGAGAGUACUCAUGUGUCGCCACAAACUCUGCAGGAAUGGUCACAUGUGCGGCAUCUUUGAAUAUCGAUGGUGAGUUUGUCAGCUCAGCACAAACUGUUAGCUCUCUAAGUGAGAGGCUGGAGGCUCAGAGUUUCAGCUCUGUGUCCGUGGGACAAACAGCCCACAGUGUUGAGUUUACUCAGACGGUCUCUCAGAGUUCCUCCGUGUCUUGGAGGACGGUUGAGAUUCAGAUGGAGAGCAUGGGCUCAGAGACGAGCUCUGAGAGCAGCUUUGAUAUCAAACCCUCAGCCAGCCCCAAACUGCUGAUGGAGAUGAGCGACGUACGGGUGAAAAAUGGUGAGAUGGCCGAAUUCAGCUGCAUGUUCGAUGGGCAGCCCUUCACCGGGGUGGUAUGGCAUCAUAACGGCCAGAGCCUGGUGGACCUAGAGCGGGUGAGGAGCUCUGAGAGCGGGGGCUCAUUGUCCCUGGUCAUCCACGGUGUUGGUGUGGCGGACCAGGGCAUGUACCGCUGCACCGCCACCAACCAACAUGGCCAGAACAGCUCCUCCGCCCGGCUCACUGUUGAAGCUAAAGAAGCAAAUCUCACAGCAGAAACCCCCAUCCCUACAGAUUCUGUACGCAAAGUGUCUCAGGCAGACAGGGAGACUCUUAGACAUCAGCCUGAGCAAGACAAGAAGGAGGCGCUGGAGAAGCCGGGAUCAUUGCCUCCAUCUUCCCAGAGACCGUACAGCUUCAUGAGCAACCUGUAUUUCCCUGAUGUCUUGCCUCAUGAUGAGCGAAGUCAACGUCUCUCCAACUCCCCUGAAUUCCUGGUCAAACUCCCCCCUGAGCUGCUGAGCAGAAACAGACACUGCAGCUCUUUGUUUUGUGUUAUGAAAGGAGUUCCCACUCCGUUUUUCAUUUGGCUUUACAACCGGUUGAAUUUUGAGGAUUCUGUGUCUUUCUCUCUGAAACAUGACGACCCCCUGUGCUCUGUAAAUGUUAACAAUGUGAGAUCCGGACACGGGGAAUCUUACACUUGCAAAACUGUCAGCUCAGCUGGGGAUGCUGAGAGCAGCACAGUGAUGAAAGUGACCGCAGUGGAGAAGGAACCUGUGAUUCAGGUCGUGGAGGAAAUAAAAGCUUUCUCUAGCUCCACCGUCACAGUGGAAGAGGAAACACAGCAGUCGUUCUUCACCGGCCUCACAGUUCCAGACAAAACCAGAACACUUGAACUCAAACCAGAGUCUAAAUGUUUCCUGAGCUCUUUGGAGAAGAAAAAAGAAAAGCCGGUGUUCAUCAGCAAACUUUCUCCAACAGUUGUGACUGUCGGAGAAACAGCUGUGUUUUCUGUCAAAGUAUCAGGUUUCCCAAAACCCACAAUCCAGUGGUUCCACAACGGGCAGACGAUAACCAGUUCAUCUGUGUACACGUUCAUUCGGGAGCAAGAUGAGUACAGUUUGGUCAUUCAUGAAGUUCAGAGGGAGUUUGAGGGAGAGUACUCAUGUACAGUCAGCAACAGAUUUGGUCAGUCCACUUGCACUUCUUAUCUGCAUGUUCAGCUGAUGAAACAGGAACGAGUGGAAAAAGCUGCUGGAACAACUAGGAAACCCCCAAAGUUCAUACAAACAAUAGAGUGUGGUGAGUUGUGUGAGGGAGGUGAGGUCUUCUUCAAGUACGCUGUGACCGGAGAUCCACUCCCUGAGGUUCAGUGGCUCAAAGGCAGUUUCCACAUUCAGCCCAGUGGGUUCUGUAUCAUUGUGAACAAUCCAGAUGGGUCAGGUUUUAUUAAUAUUAAGAGUGUCAAACAAGAACACAGUGGCAUCUACACCUGUAAGGCCUCCAACAAAUAUGGGGAGGAGUCUUGUUCUGCCAAGCUGCUGGUGUUCAGGGAGAAGGUUCAGGACGAACCGUCGAUAGUGAUGAAAACUAAAGGUCUGAAAAUAUCCAUGACUGAACAAACCACAGGAUCCAGGUUACAGCAGGAAAGAAGCCGGUCGGAUCAGAUGAUUUACACAAUCAGUACUGACGACCGGCAGAUUAUUCCAAGCGAAGAGGUGGGAACGCUCAGAGAGCUUGACAUCUCUGCUGCUACUCUUCAUCGAGAGCAGCUCCCCCAGCAGGCAGCAGUGUUGCAGUCUCAUGAAGUACAGGAGAGGGUUUGUUUGGCUCCUACUCGUCCUCCUCAGGUCUCAGCUGUUCCUAUGAGACAGCUUCAUAUGGCCACGUUCUUGUCUUCAGUGCACGAGAAACAAAAGAUCACUGAGCAGCACUCGGAGAGGAUUCUUAGCCCUGAGCUACUUGAACUUGAGUUAGCCAAAGAGCAGCCAUCAAAACUCAUGUCGGCUACAUCUGAAGAGUUUCUCCCGCUCACCACAGUGAGAGCUGAGGUCUUGAUGGACCAGGCUCCAGAACAUAUGAAGACCUCCACUGAGCCUAGGCAGUGUGUUAGUGGUCCCCAAAUCCAGUCCACUCUACCCAUCCUCAAUGAAAGGUCAGGUGUGGUGCAAAGACCAGAGGAAGAGAGGAGCUUUAGAAUCACAGAGGGGGUAAAAGUUUUAUACUCGGCUCAGUCCACAGGGCAACUGCCAAUCACAGAGAGGCACUCUGAGCCUUUACCAGCUUUAGGCUCAGCUACCAAACCUGUCGCUGAGAAAGAGCAGUAUAGACCAGUUGUCGCUCCAGUGAGUGAAACUACAGUGACUUUAUCUAAAGAGCAGGAAAUAAACAUUUACAGACCCGAGCAAAAGAGCAUAAUUGCACGUGAAGACGUAGUGUAUAAGUCAGCUAUAGCUGCUGAAGAGAAAUACAAACUCCAGGCUGAACAGGUAGGACAUGUGCCAGGUAUAGAUUCAUCUGUGUGUGUGCAGCUUGAGCGAGAGGGCGAGAGACUCCUGAACCUGCAGCUUAUCAGUGACCAGAAUGUUUUACAGUCUGAGGGCAGGUUCAGCAGCAAGAAGCCUGUUUCAGAGCAGGCAGCGACAAGGACAAGUCCAACUCUGGUGCAUUCAGUGACUCAAGAAGAGCAGAGGACUGUUGUUUGUGAGACAACCUCUGACUUUAAAACAAAGAUGGACGCCACAUCAAUUCAGCCAAAGAAAGAGUUACCACAAACAAAAUACCUUCAGUCAGUUAAUUCUUUAUCAGUCUUACCAAAAGAAGGCAUACUUUCUAUCACUAAACCUGACCAACAGGUGGCGAUACCUAAACAAGAAAAGAGUAGAAGGCAUGCAGCUACCUCAGAAGAAAGACGAAUGAUCACAGCAGCGUAUCACAAAGAUCUUGAUUUGAAAGUGAGCAGGGUGCAGUCACAGCAGCGCACAGAGCCCAGACCUCCCAACAUCCUCACUGUCUCCUCUCAGCCCAUGCAGCUCCCAAAGGAGAUGCCUUUCUCUGCUGACAUGAAACAGCAGAGGGCGCUAGUCCAGAGAGAGGAUUACUGGAAAAUCAUACAGUCUUUGAUUGUCACAGACACUCAGACUCUGGAGGAAGGUCACACCAUUAGUCUUAAAACUGAUGAGAAAUUCAGCCUUGAGAUGAAAGUUGAGCCCAAAAUCCCCAAAAAGCCUGUUUUCAUAGAGGAGAAGGGCAUUGCCACUGAGAGCUGUACUGUUUUAGAAGCUGCAGAGCAGGACUUUGCAGUCAAGAUCCAAGAGGGACAGUCAGUCCGGCAGUCAGUGUUGCUGGAAGAAAAGCAGGUGAUUGUUGGAGAGCAGUCAACUGAGAUCCAUAAAUCUAAAGGUUCAGCUGUCAGCGUGAUGAUGCAGCCUGAAGGACUCCUGUUUGUCCACGAGUCUCAGGACGCUCUGACUCUACCUAAAGAGCUCAACUUUGUUAUUCAGAUCCCAAAAUCAUCUAAUGUGAAUAUGCGCCGUCAGCUCAGAGACGCUCUGCAGUCUGCUGUGGCCACUGACCAGCCACUGUUACUGGCUGAUGUUCUUGGUAGGUUAGAGGCUGUGGAGAUGCAGGAGGUGAAGGUUCAACGAGAACCAAAACGAGCCAUGCACACUUAUCUGAUCACAACCACAGGUGCUCCCAUGGAGAUCACUCUGUCAUUUGUGGGUGAAUACCCUCAGGUAGCUGACCUCAGGUCUGAACUCCAGGUUGCUCUGCAUGCGAUUGUUUUCCAGGAGCAACAAAGUCUUACAUCAGAGCAGCCAGGUACCAUGCAGAUCGAAAAGCCUCAUAAAGUGCUGGUUAGCUCAGCAGCAUCUGAAGAGGUGCUGUCCUCUGUGGUGGACACUGUGAUGGUGGAAGAGAGUGCAGCUAGGCUUCCUCCUGCUGUGUCUCAGUCUGCAGCCGUUAGAACUGAAGCCAGGGCAUUUUUCCAAAGUGCAACAGUUCAGACUCCAUCAGAGAUCCAGGAGUCUAAACAGGUGAGCAGGAAGACACAGAAGUCAGAGAGGGAUGUCACUGCUGACGAGACCACCACUGUCUCUGUGGCCCAACAUCGACUGGACACUUUUGUCCACAGAAAGACCAGAGAGGAGUAUCUCUCAGAGGUGAUCAUGAUCAGUGAGUCCUCGGACAGUCUGAUAGAUCAUCCUGUUGUCGUUAAGUCUCUAGAAGACAUUCAUGCUGAGGAAAAUGGCAAGGCUGUUUUUACUGCAACCAUAAAGUAUGUCACCCACGUAAACUGGUUUUUCAAUGGGCAACUUUUAAAAUCUGGCAAAGAGUUCGAGUGUUCCAAAGACCACAACACAUACACACUAGUUAUCAACAAGGUUGUGAAGGAGAGGCAUCAAGGAGAAUAUGUCUGUGAGGCCGAGAAUGAAGUCGGCAGGACGACGACGUCUUCAAGACUCACUGUGGCCUCACAAGUGAAACCUGUGUUCAGACACAGAAUCGUCCCUGUGGAGAUCAACAUUGGCAACACUGCCAAGUUUGAAUGUGAAACUGAAGAUGCUCCGAAUGUGAGCUUCAAGUGGUUCAAGGAUGGAAACCCCAUCAAAGAGGGGGAUAAGUACAGGAUCAUCAGUCGGUUCAGCAUGUCCUCGCUGGAGCUUCUGACACCAACCAAGGACGACAGCGGUGAAUACACCUGCAAGGCCUCCAACCAGCACGGCAGUGACGAGUGCUCUGCCUCUCUCGGUGUGACAGAACAAUGUCCUCCUGCCUUUAUAACUAAGCUUGAGCCUCAGACUGUGUAUGUUGGUAAGAGGGCAGUGAUACAGUGUGUUGUAUCAGGAUCUGCUCCUCUCAAUGUCGUCUGGCUCAAAGACCAGCAGGUCUUACCUGAAGUGCUGACACACUUCCACACCUCUUGUGAAAAGAACAAACACACUCUUGAGAUAACUGUCCUGGAGGCAGCCGACAGGGGGCGCUAUGUUUGCAAAGUGUCCAAUAAUGUUGGGACAGCAGAGAGUGCCAUGGAGCUGCAUGUCAUUGAUAAACCCACCUUUGUGAAGCCCCUGGUUCCUGUUGCUGUCGUGGUCGGCACUCCUCUGCACCUGGAGUGUCAGGUGGACGAGGACACUGGAAUAAGUGUCACAUGGACCAGAGAUGGUAGAAAAGUCCAUCAGUCUCCAGACUGUAAACUGUCUUUUGAGGAUAAGACUGUCACACUUGAUAUCCUAAAGACCACACUGAAGGAUUGUGGACAGUUUAUGUGCACAGUGACAAAUGAAGCUGGGAGUGCGAUUUGCUCCACUGUGGUGAAGGUACAAGAGCCGCCUGUCUUUGUUAAGAGGCUGGAGGCCUCCACGGUGUGGAAGCAGGGCGGCACUGCUCGGCUGCAGUGCUCUGUCAAAGGAUCGCCUGAACUUCACACCAGCUGGUUCUUUAAUAACAGCGAGCUGUGUGCUGGCAGCAGACAUGGUGUCAGUCUAAAAGAUGGCGUGGCCACUUUUGAAAUUAAGGACGUCAUGUUGACUGACAGUGGAAACUACACCUGUGAGGUUCUCAAUGAGUCCGGAUGUGAAAGUUGCAGCACUAAAGUGACGGUGAAAGAGCCGCCAUCGUUCAAACACGAGCUGCUGUGUGUAGAGGCAGUCAGAGGAUCUGUGGCUGUGUUGGAGUGUGAAAUGUCAGGCUCUGCACCGUUUGAGGUGUCGUGGAGAAAGAAUAAGAAAUGUCUGUCAUCAGAUAAGAAGUACAGGAUAGUAUCUCAGGGAUUCCUGAGCUCUUUGGAGAUCCACUCGUUUGAAAGCGCAGACACUGGUGAAUAUGAAUGUGUUGUCUCCAAUGAGGUUGGGACAGUGAGCUCAAAGUCCACAACUAAACAGAGAGAGCCACCUAUGUUUUCAAAGAGGGUUGAGAGCGCCACAGCAGUUUUGGGAAAUACAGUGAAACUACAGGGAACCAUUAAGGGCUCUGCUCCCAUCACUGUUAAAUGGAUGAAAGACUCUGAGCUGCUAAGAGACGAUGACCCAAAUGUCCAGAUGAAGUUCGAACAUAACGUCGUUAGCAUCGCCUUCUCCUGUGUCGAGAUAAAACAUGGUGGCAAGUACAUUUGCCUCGCUGAGAAUGAGGCAGGGCAGCAGAAAUGUGAAGCAGUCUUAACAGUUCAAGAACCUGCCAGCAUCAUAGAGAAGGCAGCGUCCAUCAGUGUGACCGCAGGAGAUUCAGCCACACUCAGUUGCACCAUCUCUGGAAGCCCAGAGCUCAAAGUGAAGUGGUUUAAAGACGGGAAGGAGAUGAUCAGUGGCCGUAAAUAUAAGAUGACUCUGAAGGAGAACACAGCCAUCUUAAAGAUCCUCUCCGCUGAUAAAGGAGACACUUCAGAGUACAAGAUGGAGCUGUCCAAUAAAGUGGGAAAAGACCAGUGCAGCUGCCUGGUCACUGUUAUAGAUCGAGCCGUUCCACCGUCCUUCACCAAAAGUCUAAAGAAAGUCGACGGAAGUGUUGGUAGUAACGUUUCGUUGGAGUGCAGACUUUCUGGAUCUCAGCCAAUGGUUGUUUCUUGGUUUAAAGACGAUAAAGAAAUCCACAGUGAUGACAAAUAUAAGGUUGAUUUGAGUGAGAGCUUGGUGUCUGUGACAAUCACUGACCUGUAUCAGAGCGAUGGUGGAGUUUACACCUGCAGAGCCUCCAAUGCUGCCGGGCAGGAAGAAACCAGCGGCACUUUGUGCAUCAGAGAACCUCCGGCCUUUACAGUGAAACCUGAAUCUCAGAAUGCUUCACCUGGAUCGAACAUUGUCAUUAAAGCAGUGUUUACAGGAACAGCUCCUCUGGUGGUGAAGUGGUUCAGAGAGGAGAAAGAGAUUUUCACUGGAGGAAAAUGUUUCAUAAAGAAAGAUGCUUCUUCAAGCUCAUUGGAGCUUCACUCAGUGAAACCCAGUGAUUCUGCUAAAUACACAUGUCAAGUAUCCAACGUCGCUGGAAAGGUGGACUGCACCGCGGUGCUGUUUGUGAAAGAAGCACCAACAUUUACAAUGAAGCCAGAGCCAUCACAGCUGCUCAGAACUGGACAGCCUCUCAGGCUGUCCUGUAAAGUUCAGGGCAGUCCUGUGAUUGUCAUCACAUGGUUUAAAAACGGCUCAGAGAUGGUUUCAGACCACAGACACACCAUGACCUUUGACAGCUCCAUAGCGACUCUGGAGUUAGAGAGCUGUUGUGUAGAGGACAGUGGAGAUUAUGUGUGUGUGGCAUCCAGCGAUUCCGGUUCAGACCAGUGCAGCAGCUCAGUGACAGUGAAAGAACCUCCAGUGUUUAUGAGGCCGUUUGAAUCGGCUGAGCUUGUGAAGGGAUCUGAUAUCGUCCUGGAAGGAACCAUUUCAGGUUCCGCUCCAUUUGAAAUCAGUUGUUUCCUCAAUGAUGCGUUGAUCCGAAACGACAAAAGACACAAAGUCAGCAUUGAAAAUGACAUAGUCUCUGUUGUCAUCUCAAACUGUGUGAGUGGAGAUGCUGGAACAUAUUGUUGCACAGUUACCAAUGAUGUUGGGGAGACAUCGUGUUCUUGCCAGAUUUCUCUGAAAGAACCACCAUCAUUUGUUCAAAGACUGGACAACAUGUCCUGCAUGGUGGGCUCUGACAUUACUCUGAGGUGCAUGUUGUCUGGAUCACUGCCCAUGUCUUUCUCCUGGAUCAAGGACGAUCAUGAGCUCACACAAGACGAGCAUGUUCACAUGUCCUUUGAAACAAAAAGUGCCAUGUUGAAUUUGAAAAAUGCUCAGUUGUCACAUGGAGGGAAAUAUGUGUGUGAGGCCCAGAACAAAGCCGGGACUCAGAGAUGUGCUGCUGUGCUCAUAGUCACAGACCCAGCAAGUAUUUCAGAACAGGCAAAGUCCAUCAGUGUAACACAGGGUGACCCAGCCAGGCUCGAAUGCAGAUUCUCAGGCACCAAACCGCUCAAAUGCAGAUGGAGGAAGGCGGGAAAAGAGCUGACGUCAUGUCGGAGAUACAGAGUUCAGAGCACAGACUGCAGCUCUGUGCUCAACAUUAUAAAAACACAAACAGAUGACAGUGGUGAAUACACCUGUGAGGUUUCUAAUGUUGCUGGGUUCAGUUCUUGUCAAGCAUCAGUAUCUGUCUUAGAACCUCCAUGUAUUCUUGAAAAGCCCGAGUCCAUGAAUGUGUUGCCGGGCUCAAAGGUCCAGUUUAAGGUUCUGGUCUCUGGCACGGCGCCACUGACCAUCAAAUGGUUCAAAAACAAGAAAGAGAUUUUGUCCAGUGCCGGCUGCUCCGUGACCAAAGACAACACCUGCAGCUCACUGGAGCUUUUCUUUGCUGAAAGCUCAGAUUCUGGAGAAUAUGUGUGUGAGAUACAGAACGAUGUCGGCUCGACCUCAUGUCAGACAACGCUCUUUGUCAAAGAGGCUCCCUGUUUUACUGACAGACCUGAAGGUGUUUCAAUAGUCAGAGUAGGAGACAGUGCGAUGUUUGAGUGCAAGGUCGCAGGUUCUCCAGAGAUCUCUGUGCACUGGUUCAGAGAUGGAACCGAGAUUCAGCAGAGCAUCAAACACAAGAUGUCUUUCUCAGACUCUGUAGUCACUUUACAGAUUCAUGAAGUUAGUGAAAACGACAGUGGGAAAUAUUUCUGCGAGGCUCGAAAUGAAGCAGGCACACAGAGCUGCUGUGUGGAGCUAGAAGUGAAAGAGCCUCCAUCAUUCGUUGAUGAGCUAACGUCUCUUGAAGUCAUUAAAGGUUCCACAGCAGUGUUCAAUUGCAAAGUGGCAGGAAGUUCGCCAUUAAAAUUCUCGUGGUUCAAAGAUAGAAAGCUGAUCAAAUCCAGCCACAAGUGUGUCACUGUUGAAAACCAGGGCACCUUGAGAAUCCAGGACUGUACUGUGGAAGAUGUUGGUUCUUAUCAGUGCAUAGCAGCCAAUGAGGUUGGAAGUUGCACUGGUUUUGCAGCCUUGUCUCUGAAAGUUCCUCCAAUGUUUGUAAAGAAGAUAGAAAAUGUCUCCAGUGUUCUGGGAGAUGCUGUCGUAUUUUGCUGUGUCGUGGAUGGUUCUUGGCCUCUUUCUGUACAAUGGAAAAAAGACGAGAACUGGAUCCUAGAAGAUUCAAAGUUCGAGAGAAAGUUUGACUCCAAAGAGGCAACGCUCAUGAUUCCUGCCUGUGACGCUGCUCAUGGCGGAACAUAUACAUGUCAGGUCACAAACGAAGCCGGUCAAGACAAAUGCUUUGCCACUCUUGUAGUGAGAGAACCACCUACAAUCCAAGAGAUGCCUGGGGUAGUCAAAGUGACAUGUGGAGAUCCCGUUAGUCUUGAAUGCUGGGUAGCUGGAACUCCUCCAAUCAGUGUUAGGUGGACCAAAGAUGGAAAAGAGUUCCAGUCAAGCAGAAAACAUCAUCUCUGCUUCGAGAACAACCAGAGUCGUUUCAAAAUUCAGUCGUCUCAGCUGGACGACAGCGGACAAUACCUGUUUGAAGCUACAAACUCUGUUGGAACUUGCAGCUGUAAAAUCAUGAUGGUUGUUUUAGAAGAGGUCAUUCCUCCGACGUUUGUUAGGAAAUUAACAAACAUUCAAGCAAUUAUGGGCUCGGUGGUUAGGAUGGAAAGCAAAGUGUCUGGUUCUCUCCCACUGUCAGUCGAAUGGAGCAAAGGGAAACAAAGAAUCAGCAACAGCUCCAAAUAUAAACUUCUGAAUGCUGAAAAUACCGUUUCACUGGAGUUAACUCUGACGGAGAGCACUGACACAGGAGAGUAUUCCUGUAAAGUUACCAACCAAGCAGGCAGCUGUGUGUGCAGUGGAGUUCUUACAGCUAAAGUGCCACCAAGAUUUGUUGCUGAACCUGAGUUUCAUGCAGUUGUUCCAAAGUCUACUGCACUCUUCCGAAGUAUUUUUGACGGAACACCUCCAUUUACAAUCAAAUGGUUCAAGGAUGACAUCGAACUCAUCACUGGGCCGUCAUGUACAAUUAGACUGGAGAAAUAUUCUUCCUCAGUAGAGCUGUACUCCGUUGGAACUCUGCAAUGUGGGAUUUAUUCCUGUCAAGUUAGCAAUGAAGCCGGCUCCGUGAAAAGUGCAGCAGAGUUGUUGGUGAAAGAACCUCCUCAGUUUGUCCUUAAACUGCCUCCCACUACCUUUGUGAAGCAGUGCGAGGGACACCGUUUUGAAUGCAAGGCCACCAGCUCACGCUCCCUGAACAUGAGUUGGUAUAAAAAUGACCAAAAGAUAACCGAUGGAGGCAACUAUAAAAUAAUGUUUGUUGACUCGGCUGCGUACCUCCAACUGCACACCACAAGGUUUGAGGAUAACGGAGUCUACACCUGUGAGGCUCACAAUGAUGCUGGCAGUGCAAGCUGCAGCAGUGUCCUCACAGUUCAAGAGUCCCCAUCCUUUAUCCAAACUCCAAACCCAGUGGAGGGCAUUAAAGGGAAAGAGGCCAGCCUACAUUGUGAGAUGUAUGGCACUCCCCCUUUCCAGGUUAGCUGGUACAAAAACAAAAGACCGCUAAAGGAGAGUAGGAAGUAUAAGAUGGUCAGUGAAGGCAGCUCUGCCACGCUUCACAUUAUAAAACUCGACCAAGACGAUGCUGAUCUUUAUGAGUGCAGGGUGUCCAACAAUGUAGGAAGUGAAUUCUGCCGCACGACCAUUACUCUUAAAGAACAACCGGCGUUUGUCACAAAGCUGGUUGACCAAUCAGUGAGGGUCGGAGAGCAACUGACUCUCACAGCUACAGUAAAAGGCUCUGAGCCUCUGACUGUGUCCUGGGUUCAAGAUAAAGAUCACGUUCUCAGAGACGGUGACAACAGGAAGAUCAUGUUUGAGAACAAUGUGGCCACGCUUGUUGUUCCCAAGUCUGACUCGACCACGGCUGGUAAAUACACCUGCCACCUGAGGAAUGACUCUGGAGCGGUGGAGUCUGUCUCCCAAGUGGCUGUUUUAGAACCUGCUGCUAUUGUGGAUAGUCCAGAGUCCUUCAACGUGAAGUCAGGGGAAAAUGCAGCUCUUGAGGUCAGAGUAUCUGGCUCUGCAGAGCUGAAACUUAAGUGGUUCAAGGAUGACAAAGACCUUUCUGCUGGUGCCAAGUAUCAGAUGACCUUCACAAAGAAGGUUGCCACCCUAAAGAUUCGGUCUACUGACAAAGCAGAUGCUGGAGAAUACAAAUUAGAGGUCACAAACCACAUUGGUUCAGCCUCUUGCAAAACAAAACUCUCUGUCUCAGAUAAGUUGAUUCCUCCAAGUUUUAUAAGGAAGCUGAGAGACACCCACCUUGUUGUGGGUAGGCCUGGUGAGAUGGAGUGUAAAGUUACUGGUUCUUCACCUUUAACAACUUCCUGGUUCCACAAUGGCCAGGAGGUCAAGAGUGGUCCAAACUAUGACAUUAGCUGCAUUGAUAAUAGCUGCAAACUGAUAGUUCCGACUAUCAGGAUGUCAGAUUCCGGCAAAUACACCUGCAAAGCCGUAAACGAUGCAGGAACCAGUGAGACAAGCGCUUCAAUGAGGGUGACAGAACCUCCAUCUUUUGUGGAAACACCCGAGAUGAAGGACAUGUUGGCUGGCAAAAAUGUGUCUUUGUCGGCUAAGGUGAGAGGCAGUGCCCCGCUGACCGUGAAAUGGUUCAGAGGAGCCAAGGAAAUUCAGCACGGAAGAGGCUGUGAGAUUUCCCUCAAGAAUGAUGUCGCCACUUUGGUUUUUCACAAAGUAGAAAAGUCCCACACUGGAGAAUACACCUGCCAGAUCAUAAACGAUGCUGGGAAGGAAAGCUGCCCAGUUUACCUGUUUGUAAAAGAACCAGCCCACUUUGUGAAGAAGCUGAGGGACAUCUCCUCUGAAAAGGGCAAGCCUCUGAGGCUUGAGGUCACAUUUGCUGGAACCCCGAGGAUCAAUCUGUCCUGGAAGAAGGACGGUAAACUCAUCUGGGCCUCGUAUCAGUACAAUUUAAUCACCACAGACACCUCCUGCAUCCUAGAGGUUCUGAACUCUGACAGGAUGGAGGCAGCUGGUAGAUAUUCUUGCGAAAUAGACAACGGAGUUGGAAGUGAAACAUGCGAAGCCCAAGUGUCAAUUCUAGAACAACCAUACUUUGUUGAAAAACUGGAGCCGGUGGAAGUAACUAUGGGUGAACCAGUGACCCUGAGAUGCCGUAUUGCUGGAACUCCUGACAUAUCCGUAGCUUGGUUUAAGGCUGAUGGAAACCUGCGCAAGUCUGAAACUUGCUCAAUGGAUUUCUCAAAUGAUGUCGCCACUUUGAAAUUGAUGAAAACGACCAAGUUUGACCACAGCGAAUUCAUCUGCAAGGCCGAGAACCGAGUGGGUUCAGCCUCCACCAGCUGUAAUGUGACAGUGAAAGAACCUGUGCGCUUUAGAAAAAUGCUGGAGGACACAACUUUCAUAGUUGGUCAGCCACUGAAACUAGUCUGCACCUACACUGGGAGCCAGAGGGUCUACGUCACAUGGAAGAAGGACAACAAGCUGAUUUGGGCAUCUUAUCAAUAUAAUGUUAAAACAACCGCGUCAACCUGCAUUCUGGAGGUGCUCAACAGCGACAGACCUGAGGCAGCUGGAACAUACACUUGUGAAAUUUCCAACGGAGCUGGAACCGACAUCUGCCACGCUCGUGUCAGCCUAGAACCUGUGCGCUUUUUAAAAGAACUGGAAGACACCACUUUCAGACUUGGCAAGCCGUUGUCACUGUACUGCACUUACAGCGCCAGCCCCAACAUCUAUGUGAGCUGGAAAAAGGACGGCAGACCAAUCUGGGCCUCCUACAAGUACAAUGUCAAAUUAGAACCUGCUCGCUUCAAUAGGAAGCUGGAAAACACCACGUUCACACUCAGCAAAUCGAAAAGUCUUAGAGUCGCCUUCAGCGGCAGCCAAAGAGUGACCUCGUAUCAGUACAAUGUGAGGACCGCAGACUGCAGCUCCGUCCUAGAAGUCCUCAACAGCGACAGAGAAGAAGCUUGUGGAAGAUACACUUGUGAAAUUUCCAAUGCAGAAGGCUCAGAUAUCUGCCAUGCUCAUGUCACACUAGAGCCCGUACGCUUCGUCAAGAAACUCGAGGACGUCUGCCACGAGCUGGGUAAACCGCUCAGCCUUGCGUGCACUUCCAGCGGCAGUCACAGGGUCCAUGUGACGUGGAAGAAAGACGACAAGCUCAUCUGGGCUUCGUAUCAGUACAACGUCAAAACUACUGACUCCUCCUGCAUGCUGGGCGUCCUCUACAGCGACAGAGGGGCGGCGGGAAAAUACACUUGUGAAAUUUCCAAUGCAGAUGGAACUGACACCUGUCAUGUUCAUGUUAAAAUAGAACGAAAGGUCCCUCCAAACUUCACCAAGAGGCCCUCGGAGUCCAUGGUGGAUUCAGUGGGUAAGACAGUGAAGAUGGAGGGUCGGGUGUCUGGCUCACAGCCACUCAGCGUCACGUGGUACAAGGACAACAAUGAAAUCUAUGCGUCCGACAAAUAUGACAUCAGCUUCAAGAAUAAUGUGGCUGUGCUGUGUGUGAGAGACUCCACCAGCUCUGACGGCGGCGCGUACACCUGCGAGGCCACCAACGAAGCUGGAAAAGCUUUGUGUCGGGUUUCUCUCAACAUUUCAGAAACUAGCCAAGCUCCUAAAUUUGACAUUUGCCUGGAGCCGGUGACCGUGAGCGAGGGUGAGAAGCUGAGCCUCAAAUGCCUUGUGAGCGGCUCUCCUCCACUCACCAUCCAGUGGAUGAAAGACAGGAGGGAGCUGAAGUCCAGCGGAAACACCAGGAUCACGUUUGUUGGUGGGAGGGCCUGUCUGGAGAUCAGCCCUGUGUCAAAGAGCGACGCAGGAGAUUACCUGUGCAAGGCCAGCAAUGCUACGGGCAGCGACUUCUGCAAGUCCAGGGUCAAUGUGCAAGACAAAGGAGCCAAGGCCGUCCCCGCCGUGGCAGCCACGGCUGCCCCAGCUGCAGCUGCUCCGGUCAAAAGACUUGACAACCUGUUCUUCAUCGAGGAACCUAAAAAUGUAUCUGUCUCAGAGAAGGGCACAGCAGCCUUUAUUGCCAAGAUUGGAGGCGACCCGAUCCCCAGUGUGAAGUGGAUGAAGGGCAAAUGGAGGCAGAUCACUCAUGGUGGUCGUAUCUCCAUCGAGCAGAAGGGCCAGGAAGCCAAACUGGAGAUCAGAGAGGUGACCAAGUCUGACGCCGGUCACUACAGAUGUGUCGCAGCCAACAGACAUGGGGAGAUUGAGUGCAGCUCUGAGAUGGAGGUUUCCAAAAAGGAGGAAGUGGAAGGAUUUGGAGACUUAAGGACAAGACUGAAGAAGACUCCCUCCAAGCAGAAGAGCCCAAAGAAAGAACAAGAGGUCGAUAUUGUGGAGUUGCUGAGAGGUCACGACCCUAAAGACUACGAGAAGAUACUGCAUGAACAUGGAAUCCACGACUACCGGGCCAUCCUGCAGGCCAUCGAGUUCCUGAAGAGGGAGAAGGAGAUGGAGACUGGAAAAGUGGAAUUGGAGCACGGAGGUCGGGUUGAAGAGGAGGAUAUGGCCAAACUCAUCCAGCAGCUGGAGGGACGUGUCGGCACUGAGCCCGUCUCUGUCGUGGAGGACAUCAGUGACCAGACGGUGACUGAGAACCAGAGCGCCACCUUCGGGUGUCAGAUCAGGAUCAACUACCCAGAGAUCACUCUGACCUGGUACAAGGGAACGCAGAAACUCGACAAAAGCAACAAGUAUGACAUCAGCAGUGUGGGAGACCGCCAUUAUCUGAAGAUCAUCAACUGCCAGGUCAAAGAUCAGGGCAACUACCGUGUUGUGUGUGGUCCUCACAUCUCCAACGCCAAACUCAGCGUGUCAGGUAAGAGUCUGACUCUUUUCACUUCCUGUCUGGGCUCGAGUCAGUUCGUCUUUCGUGUGUCGUUUUGUUUUUGUCAGGUUCUAAAUCAGGUGAAACUCACUGAACUCUUUGAUCCUUACGGGUUGUGUGUGUUUUUGUCUUUUUCUUGUUUCGCGUUUCUUCCCCUUUGUCGAGACUUAAAGUCUUAAAAUAUAAAAAAAACAACUUUGACAAAUAAUCAGUGUUUUGAAAAACCAGACAUUCACUGUCAUUAUCUGGUUUUAGCCAAAAAAAUUCAGUUCACUAAAUGCAUCAGAAGCAUCGAGGUCAGUGAACGCCACUCUGCCACCUUCGAGUGCGAGUUGUCCUUUGACAACGCCAACGUCACAUGGUACAAAGACUCAUGGGAGCUUAAAGAGAGUCCAAAAUAUAACUUCAGGACUGAGGGCCGACGGCACUUUAUGACCAUCUGCGACGUUACGGCAGAGGAUGAAGGAGUUUACUCUGUGAUCGCUCAACUGGAGCCGAAGGGAGAAGCUCGAGGUUCCGCUGAGCUUCACCUCACAGACAAAGACGUUGUGUUAGGAAAGGUUCCUCAGGAUGUCCCCGACGUGUCGCUUCCAGCAACAGAAACAGACUCUUACGUUUUCAGAGAAGAGAGAAAAACCAUAGAGGAAGUUGUUGAGAAGACUCAGUUCGAGAGCAGAGAAGAAAUCCCUGAAGUUGCUGAGGUUUACAGGAGAGUGGAGGAGAAGCGCUCUGACGCUGCAGCUCCAGUCGAAGUACCUGAAGCAAAGAAGCUGCAGCCUGAGGGUGGCGCUGUUGCUCAGUGGGAAGAAGCUCUGGCUCCAGAAGUACAAGAUGCAAUCAAAGCAGAGGGAUCUGUAGUACCACCUGCACCAAAGGUUGCUCCACCAAAGGCCAAAGCUGUUCCAGCCCAAGAACCAAAGAAACCAGAGACUCCAAGAAAACCGGCUCAUAUUCCCAAAACAAAACCAGAGGAACCGAAGAAAGAGGUUCUCGAAGAAACACAGAUGUCUGCCCAGGUGCCAAAGAAGGUUCCAGAAGAACCAAAACAUCUUGUCCAAGACACAAAGAGGGUUACUGGAGCUCCAAAGAAAACUCAAGAAACACCUCCGAUAAUACCUGAGUCACCAAAGAAGGUUCUAAAGGAACCCCAAAAAGUACUGGAAGAAAUUAAGAAGGUUCCUGAAGCUCCAAAGAAAGUCCUGGACACACAAAUAUUGGUUCCAGAGGCCCCAAAGAAGGUUCGAGAAGAACCUAAAAAAAUAGUGGAAGAAAUUAAGAGGGUUCCUGAAGCUCCUAAUAAAAUUCAGGACACACCAAAAUUGGUUCCAGAGGAACUAAAGAAGGUUCCAGAAGUACCCAAAAAGGUUCAGGUAGUUGAAAAGAGGGUUCCUGAAGCCCAAAACAAAAUUCAGAAGACACUUAAGACAGUUCCAGAGGUACCAAAGAAAGUUCCUGAAGAACCAAGGGAGACUCCAGAGGCACAAAAAAUGGUGCCCCACCUAGAACCAACCACACCACAAGAUUUGGAAACACCAAAACAAAUCCUUCAGGCUAAGCCUCAACAACAAGUGAUUCCUCCAGAAGAGAAGAAACCAACCACACCCAAACCAAAGCCUUCAGCUCCUGCUCCUGCUCCUGCUCCUGCACAGAAAGGUGCACCCCUUGCAGUUUCUCCCCUGGAGGAGAAGAAACCAUCUGUACCGGCACUCAAACCUUCACCUCCUUCUCCUGCUGCUGCAGAGAAAGUUACGCCCCCUGCAGCUCAAGUUGCAGCGAUGCAGAGGAAACCAUCUCCUCCGGCCGCUAAGGCUGAACGCUCUCCUGUGUUGGAGGAAAUGUCUCUGCCUGAAGACAUGGAACCAGUUUCAGCUCCAGGACCAACUAAAGAUGGAAAACCAUCAGAGGAGCCAGCGAAAGGCAGAGGCCGAGGAUUCGGUGCGAGACAGACGCCAUCACCUGGUGACGGUGGGCGGGGCCGCGGCCUGAGGCCUGGUGGAAAAGGUCCAUCCCCUCCAGAGGAUCCCUUCGGAGGGUUCAAGCUGAAAGCCGUCCCUCUGAAGUUCAUCAAGAAGCUUCAGGACAUUGUGUUGCAGGAAGCAGAGUCCAUCGGCUCGUCAGCUGUCUUUGAGUGUGAGGUCUCACCUUCCACUGCCAUCACUUCCUGGAUGAAAGACGGCAGCAACCUGCGUGAAGGCCCCAAACACAAGUUCACCUCUGACGGCAAAGAUCGCAAGUUGAACAUUAUUGAUGUUCAGCUGUCCGACACUGGUGAAUACAGCUGUGUGGCCAAGAACGCCGGCAAAGAAAUAACGUGCACAGCCAAGCUCAUCGUUGAAGAGCUUCCUGUGAAAUGGUUGAAAGAGCUAGAACCAGAGACGACGUGUAUGAAAGGUCAGCCCAUGUAUCUGACCUGUGAGCUGAACAAAGAGCGAGAUGUCGUCUGGAAACGUAACGGCGCUCCCCUCAAGAAACAGGCCGGGAAAGUGGCCGUUAAUAUCAUCGGUAUGCAGCACGCCGUGACCAUUCAGAAUGCCACCGACGACGACGCCGGCGCCUACACAUGUGAGGUGGACGGACAGGAGGACGUCAAGACGACAACCAUCGUGAAAGUGAUCGAAAUAAUCAAAGACUGGCUGGUGAAGCCUCUGAGAGACCAGCACGUCAAACCAAAGGCUAAGGCCACGUUCAAGUGUGAGCUGUUUAAGGACACGCCCAACUGGAAGUGGUUCAAGGGCGAUGACGAGCUCGCACCUUCUGACAAGGUUGAGAUCAACAAAGACGGAAAGGACAUGACUCUGACUGUCAACAACUGUCAGCCCGAGGAUGUGUCAGACUACACCAUCGAGGUGGAGGAUCGCAGAUACACAGCCAAGCUCACACUGGGAGAGCGUGAGGCGGAGGUCCUGAAGCCGCUCGCCAGCGUGGAGGUAGUGGAGAAGGAGGAGGCAAACUUUGACACUGAGAUAUCUGAGGAAGACGUGGCUGGAGAAUGGAAGCUGAGAGGACAAGUGUUGAUCAGAUCCCCGACGUGCGACAUUAAAAGUGACGGCAGGAAACGUUUCCUGACGCUGAAGAACAUCCAGCUGGACCAGGCGGGCGAAGUGUCAUACCAGGCUCUGAAUGCCGUCACCAGCGCCAUGCUCACUGUCAAAGAGAUCGAAAUGGGAUUUCUUGAUCAACUGAAGGAUGUUUCAGUGCCUGAAAAGAAACAGGCUAAGUUUGAAUGCACCAUCACCAAGGAUGUGCCAAAGGUCAUGUGGUUCAGGGGGGCGGAGAUAGUCACCCCAAGCCCCAAAUAUGAAAUAAUAGAUGAUGGGAAGAAACACAUGCUUAUCAUAAACAGCUGUGAGUUUGACGACGAGGCUCAGUACACCAUCGAAGUGUUGGGACAAAAGUCCAGCGCUCAGCUGACAGUCGAAGGCACGAGGCUGAAGUUUGUGCAGCAGCUUCAGGACCAAACGGUGAAAGAAGGUAAAACAGCAACUUUUGAGCUCGAGCUGAGCCACGAGAACAUGCCGGUGGUUUGGUACCGGAACGAAGUCAAACUUCACAUGAGCCGGUCGGUUCUCACACAUGUGGAAGGAAAGAGACACAGUCUAGAAAUGAGGACGUUGACUCUAGAUGAUACCUGCCAGAUAAAGGCAGAGGCCAAAGGACUUUACACCAUGGCUAAACUGACGGUGAUAGAGGGCGACGCCGUCUUUGUGGUGAAGCUGCAGGAUUACACGGCCACGGAGAAAGACGAGGUGUCUCUGGACUGUGAACUGAGCAAAGACGUCCCGGUCAUGUGGUAUCACGAGGAGAAGGAGAUCAUCACCUCCAAGAUGGUGGUGAUGAGGUCAGAGGGCACUCGCAGGUCUCUGGUCCUGAAGAAAGUGGAGUCGAGCGACAAAGGGAAAUACAUAUGUGACUGUGGAACCGACAAAACUUUGGCCAACAUCAGCAUCGAAGCUCGUGACAUCAAGGUCGUACGGCCGAUUUAUGGCGUAGAGCUGUUUGACGGAGAGACGGCUCGUUUCGAGGUGGAGAUCUCAGAGGACGACGUGCACGGCCAGUGGAAACUGAACGGAGAAGUCCUCAGUCCUUCCUCUGACAUUGACGUCAUCGAGGAGGGAGGCAAACACACUCUGAUCCUGUACAACUGCAGAGUCUCGAUGACCGGAGAGGUGGCGUACGCUGCCGCCAACGCUAAAUGUUCAGCCAACCUGAAGGUCAAAGAACUCCCUCUGAACUUCCUGGCGCAGCUGAAUGACGUUCAGGUCUACGAGAAGGAUGAGGCAAGGUUCGAGGUGGAGGUGUCGAGGGUGCCGAAGAGCUUCCGCUGGAUGAAAGGCUCGCAGGAGCUGCAGAGCGAUAACAAGUACCAGAUGAUGCAGGAGGGAAACAUGUAUGUUUUGUUGAUCCAAUCUGCCGCCUACGACGACGAGGCCAAGUACACGUUCGAGGCUGAGGACAAGAGGACGACGGCCAAGCUGGUCAUACAGGGUAUUCGUCUGGAGUUUGUCAAACCGAUCAAGGACGUGACAGUGAAGGAGCGAGAAACGGCUGAAUUCAGUUUCGAACUCUCUCAUGAAAAAGUCUCUGUAGUUUGGUACAAAAAUGACAUCCGUCUUCAUCCCAGCAAAGUGGUGCACAUGUCGGAUCAGGGAAAGAUCCACACACUGGCCUUCAAGGAGGUCACCAUAGACGACACGUCCAUGAUCAAAGUGGAGGCCAUGGACAAGACCGUGACCGCCAUGCUCACUGUCAUCGAGGGUGACAUCUACUUCACCACCAAGCUGCAGAACUACACGGCCGUGGAGAAAGAUGAGGUGAAGCUGGUCUGUGAACUAAGUAAAGCAGUCGCAGACGUCAAAUGGUUCAAGGACGGACAGGAGAUCACUCCCUCCAAAAACAUUGCAAUCAGCACCGACGGAAAGAAACGCAUCCUGAUGGUCAGGAAGGCUGAGAAAGCAAACAUUGGAUCAUACACCUGCGACUGCAGCUCCGACAAAACAACAGCAAACCUCAACAUUGAAGAGCGCGACAUCAAGGUGGUACGUCCGCUGUACAGUGUGGAGGUCACAGAGACGGAAACAGCCAAGUUUGAGACAGAGAUUUCAGAGGAUGACGUCCACGGGAACUGGAAACUGAAAGGAGAAGCUCUGCACCAGUCGCCUGACGUUGAAAUUAAAGAGGAGGGAACCAAACACAUGUUGAUCCUCUAUAACGUUCGUAUGGACAUGGCAGGGGGCGUCGACUUCUGUGCAGCCAAUGCCAAAUCCAACGCUCAGCUGCGAGUCAAAGCUCGCUCCAUCAGCCUCACGCGUCCUCUGAAAGACGUGACGGUGACGGCCGGGGAGACCGCGACCUUCGAGUGCGAGCUGUCGUACGAAGGCAUCGAGGUGCAGUGGCUCCUGGGAGGAAAGAAAAUGGAGGCCAGCGACCGCGUGAAGACUCGGACAGCGGGUCGAGUUCACACUCUGACUGUCAGAGACGUGAAGCUGUCGGAGGCUGGUGAGGUCAAACUCAUCGCAACAGACUUCCAGACUCAGGCUCAGCUCAUAGUCAGGGAGCCGGCAGUGGAAUUCACGAAGCCUCUGGUGGAUCAGACGGUGGAGGAGGAGGCGACCACCACGCUUGAGUGUGAAGUUUCCAGAGAGAACGCAGAAGUUCAGUGGUUCAGAGAAGGACAAGAGAUCAGGAAGACCAAGAAGUACAACCUGAUCGUUGAUGGCCGCAAAAGGGCGCUGGUCAUCCACAACUGCUCUCCGGAUGACGCCAAGAUGUACACAUGUAACGCCAAGGAGUUUAAGACUUCCUGUUACCUGGAGGUCACACCUCCACAUGUGGAGUUUGUGAAGCCUCUGCAGGACGUGGAGGUCAAAGAGAAGGAAUCUGCCAAGUUUGAAUGUGAAGUGUCCCGCGAGUCCGCCAAGGUGCGAUGGUUCAAGGACGGCAGCGAGAUCAGGAAAGGAAAGAAGUACGAGAUCAUUUCUAAGGGAGUCCAGAGGAUCCUCAUCGUCCACAAGUCUGUGUUCGACGAUGAGGCAGAGUACGAGUGUGACGCCAGAACCUCCAAGACGUCUGGCAUGCUCACUGUCAUCGAGGAGGCCGCCAGAUUCACCAAGAACCUGUCCAACGUGGAGGGAAUGGAAACAGACAGCGUGAAGAUGAUCUGUGAAGUGUCAAAGGCUGGUGCCGAGGUCACAUGGUACCUAGGAGACAAGGAGCUGCCAGAGGGAGGACGCUACGAUCAGAUCAUGGAUGGACGCAAGAGGAUCCUGAUCAUCCAGGAUCUGAGGAUGGAAGACGCUGGCGACUACAACUGCAGAUUGAGUCCGACCGUCAAGACGUCCGCCACGCUCAAACUGAAUGAACUGGCCGCUGAGUUCAUCGCUCGUCCUCAGAACCAGGAAGUGGUGGAGGGUGAGAAAGCAGAGUUCGCCUGCUCCGUCUCUAAGGAAACGCACGAGGUGAAAUGGUUCAGAGGUGAUAAGGAGGUGGAGACCGGGGACAAGUACAAUAUCAUCAGUGAAGGAAAGAUAAGGGCUCUUAUUGUGAAAAACUGCAAACUGAAGGACGAGGGCGGCUAUGUUGCUCACAUCGGCAGCGUCAGAGCCUCAGCUGAUCUGUGUGUGAUCGAAAAACUGAGGAUCAUCACGCCGAUCAAAGACACAGAGGUGAAGGAGGGAACGGAGAUCGUGUUCAAUUGUGAGACGAACACGGAGGGAGCAAAGGCCAAGUGGUUGAAGAAUGAGGAGACCAUAUUUGAGAGCAGCAAGUACAUGAUGGCUCAGAGGGACAACGUCCUGUCUCUGAGGAUCCGAGAUGCUCAGAAGAGCGACGAGGCCAUUUACACCAUCAGCCUGGCCAAUCACAGAGGAGAACAGGCCAAGUGCACCGCCAGCGCCAAGGUCGCAG